AUGGUUGGUCCAGCAUCACUAAGAACAAAAAAGGCCUUACUGACACGAUACUGCAAUAAUUUGUCUCGGGUAAUCGAGAGAAUCGAUUCUGCUCACACCGCCGCGCAAGCUAGUAGCGAUGACGCAACAUCUCCUCCACGCAUCAAAGCAUCGCUGUUUGAACUCGACGCCACGGCAAAGCUAGCGGCAGAUGCCUUGAAUGCUUUCACGGCAGCGCUGGACGAGAUCGAUGAACUACCCGAAGAACAAGACAAGCAGGCGAACGACUACAUUGACUCAUCGCUUUCGUUGAUUGAGCGCGCUCGUCUGAUGGCGAUUGAACUCGACGCAAAAAACAUUGGGGACCGGGAGGAAAAUGACGAGAGAGGAUGGACAGAGAUGAUGAGACCAAAACUUCCGCCAAUACCCAUACCCAUAUUUACGGGAAAGCUUCAGGAAUACACCAACUUUUGGACACUUUUCGAAUCCAACGUCGACAGACAACCACUCACCAAUCUACAGAAGUUUAACUAUUUAUUAACCGCUUUGCGAGGGGAACCCCGAGAACUGAUUAAACGAUAUCCAAUAACCGAAGCCAACUAUACGCACGCCAUUCAACUUUUGAGGGACAAGUAUGGGGACGAAUCUAAGCUCAUCGCGGACUUACAAUCGCGCCUUGAAAUGACGAAGGCAGACAACAAAUCUAUCUACGCUCAACGUCGCCUUCUCGAACAAAUUCUUCCCAUAGUAACUCAGUUGGAAGAGUUGGGAAUAACACUGAAUGGCUCGUAUCCUACAAAGAAGCUUCUCUCCAAGUUUUCUUACACAUUGCAGCGUCAAGUUCUGGAACGCUGCCUCUUGCAAAAUAAGAAAGAAACCGAUUGGAUUAUGCGGGAUGUGCUCUCUGAGCUGGACGAUCUGAUAACCACACAAGAACAGAUCAGUGAAAUGAUCGAUAGCAUUCCCAACAAGUGUGAUGAUCGCAGCAGAGAUUCUCAUAACAACAACAGAUCGAAGAAAUUCCUCAUGAAGAAUGCGACAACAAAGCCUGACCCGAAUGCAUGUAUGUUUUGCGGAUCAACGCAACACAAAUCAGCUGAUUGCACAAGGAUUCCAAGCAUCCACCAGCGACGUACCUAUAUGCAACAACAUAGGAGAUGCCUCAACUGUGGGAAAGAAGGCCACUUUGUGAAAGACUGCACAAGUAAAGGAUGCAGGUAUUGCACGGGGAUGAAGCAUCAUCAUACCCUCUGCCCCCAGAGGCACAACUUGGGAGAGACCACAGACCAAACCCCACCAAGGGCAAGGACAAACACUAAUACUCCACAGAACAGACCGCCGGUACCCAAUGUACCUCGGAAUACGAAACGACAUGUGAAAACUGCGGUAGCGACGGCACAACCAGUGCAGACUACCGACAGCAGCGCGACCUACCCGGACAUAACGGAUACUGCGCAGCACUCACCGCAAGAUACAUCUAUCCUUCAGAAUAGUACGGUAGACGCCCUGGACAAUAAGGUAUUGUUACUGACAGGAGUAGCGCGGGUACGGGAUGAAGCGCGUGAUGACUGGAAAGAAGUGGAGAUCCUCUUCGACACAGGAGCCGACCAGUCAUUCAUAAGCUCUGCUCUCGCAGAAGAAUUGAACCUGAAAUGUACAAAAGAGAAGGAGCUCACUAUGUACACUUUCGGUUCUACUGACCCUAAACCGACCAAGUGUAGGCACACAACGUUGGACCUGUGGGAUAAUCAGGGACAAAAACAUCCCGUACGGCUAUGUACCACACCGGUACUCACAAGUAAAGGACAAACGACCCAACUCGACCACGCGGACCUAGCGUUUGUGGCACAACACAACAUCCACCUGUCCAAACCUACGUCCAAUUCCACAUCCAUACCACAGAUAUUACUCGGAUGUGAUCAGUUGUGGGGUUUAUUGGAUGCUCCCCUUCCACGCUUUAAACUCCCAUCGGGCCUGCUCCUCAUUCCCUCAAAACUCGGAUAUUUGCUGACCGGAAAGCAGCACACCUUCCACGGAAUAGAAGGACAACAGAAUGAGGUCAAUAUCAGCAUGAUCACCAUGGUACAGGCCUUCACAGAAUCUGAAGAUGAGAUGAGCCGAUGGGACAGAUACUGGACAAUGGACUCAGCCGGUAUAUGCGAGUUCACGGGAACUAAAAACGAAGAAAAAACCGCAGUUAAUGAACAAGUGGUUAUGUUCUUCAAUAACACAAUCGAACGCCGUCCUGAUGGGUACUACGUUCGGUUGCCGUAUAAGGACAAUCACCCCCCACUACCGGACAAUCGGCAAAUAGCUCUGAAACGGUUACAAGAAGUAAUACGGACGCUGAAAUCGAGUCCACAGUUAUUACAAGAUUACGAAAACACAUUCCACACCCAGCUGGAAAAGGGAAUUAUUGAACAAAUUCCAAACAACCAACCAGGUAUCGGACCUAUCGUACACUACAUUCCACACCAACCGGUGGUCACGCCCCACAAAGAAACGACAAAAUUACGAAUUGUGUUUGAUGCAUCCUCACACUACAAGGAAUGCCCUUCACUAAAUGACAUACUACACCAAGGACCAUUGGUAUUACCGGAUCUUUACGCGAUGCUGCUACGUUUUCGAAUGUUACCUUAUGUAGCAAUAUCGGACGUGGAGAAAGCCUUCUUACAGGUACACCUCAAUGAAAUGGAUAGGGACGCCACGAGAUUUAUCUGGGUACGCGACGUGGACCUACCAGUCACUGAAGACAACAUCGUCACAUACCGUUUCACCCGGGUCACAUUUGGCCUGAACGUAUCGCCAUUCCUCUUGGCUGGUACAGUAACCUACCACUUACAUCAUGUCGUUGAAAACAAAGAAUUGGCGAAGGAAAUCAAGGACAACUUAUACGUGGAUAACCUGAUCCUAGCCGCACGUACCCCUGAAGAUCUGGCCAAAAAAGUCGUAGAUUCACGCGAGAUUUUCCAGGAUAUGGGGAUGAACCUGAGAGAGUUUUUGGCCAAUGACGUUAAUCUCAAGGACUUCAUCUCUCAAGAGGCUUGCGCGAAAGCAGCGGUGCAGAAAGUGCUAGGGAUAGAAUGGAAUGCAACAGGAGACUACCUCUCCAUGUGCUGUACUUUACCAUUCAUAGGCCAAGUCACAAAAAGGAUUGUAGCGCGACAAAUAGCGGCCGUAUACGACCCAUUGGGGUGGCUGGUCCCACUGCUGACGCAGGCAAAGCAUUUCCAACAAACCUUGUGGAAACACAAGUUCGAAUGGGACAAUAUUCUUCCAGCAUCCCUCCAGGAGCAGUGGCAGAAAAUCACACAAAACAUCAACGGGUUUGCCCGUACCUUUCCACGACGAUUUUUCACACAACCUCAAGACAAGGACACUUGCAUCGCAGUGUUCGCUGACGCCAGUGACAUCGCCAUGUCCACAUGUGCGUACCUAUUCGAUGGAAAGCACUCCGCGCUGGUAAUGGCUAAAUGCAAAUUGCCAUCGAUAAAAACGACCACUACAAUGCCAAAGAUGGAGAUGAACGCAUUAACAAUGGCAGCUCGAUUGACAUGGUCAGUAUACCAAGCCAUGAAGGAGCCCUGGCCAAAUAUGUCCGCUUCUCCACCACAAAUUGUCAUCCUUUCGGAUUCCCAAAUUGCAUUGAGCUGGCUAACAACGUCAGAGGAAAAGGCCAGUCCAGGUGUCCUUAUUUCCAACCGAAUAAAGGAAAUACGCAAGAUCACCGCGGCCCUAAACGACGAAGGUCUUACAGUACGUUUCGCAUAUGUAAACACAAAAGACAAUCCUGCUGAUGCGGGAACACGGGGGGCUGAACCAGGAACAGUUACAGGACCAUCCCUGGGUACUCACGAAACGGAAGAAUUGCAGCCUCCCACUGAAGCAGGUACAGUCUCGAUCACAAUGAACUCAGCAUCAACGAGACUUCUGCAAGAAUCCUGCAAUGACCUGAUCGACGCCAAACGUUUCAGCUCCUUCAAGAAAGCAAAGAGAGUGACAGCAUGGGCGCUGUUGUUUAUUAAAAAACUGAUGCGCUCACUACCACAACAGUCAGUGGACAGGAUAUUCCAGAAAAUACCAGAGCUACGGACCAUACAGGACACAACAAUACUUUUGGGGCAGCACAUCAAAGCGGCACGGAUUGCGCUACUCCGAAACCAUCAAUCUUCAUUUCUAUCACAUUACCAUAAAAAACUGCGGAAUGACACUUUGCGUCUAUAUCAAGACAAGGACCUUCUAUGGCGAUCACAAGGACGCCUCCAGAACUCGACAUUAGGAGCAGAUGCGAAAUCACCCAUUUUCGUGGCUCCGAAUACACCUCUGUCACAACUCCUCAUCAAGGACGCUCAUGGCGAUUACCAUCAAGACAUGACUGAUUUACCACAACAAAGGGUUAUGCGCAGCCGUCCGUUCCAGCAUAUCGGGCUCGAUUUCUUCGACUUACCCUCCACACACCUGGAAGCCGGUAAAACUCACGGCUAUGGUUGCAUUUUCACCUGCAUGGUUACCCGUUUGAUUCAUCUGGAAAUGGUAGACAGCAUGAGCACGGAAGAUUUCAUCAACGCCUUACGAAGAUUUGUGGCUAGAAGAGGUGUUCCUGACUCUAUCACAUGUGAUAAUGCCCCGUCUUUUCUGCUCGGAGCCAGCAUUUUAGCAGGUUCACCUCAAGGGGAAACCCUCAGCUCAAGUAUACAUAACGCCACAUCAAAUCAAGAGAUUCAGUGGAACCACAUCACUCCCUACGCACCAUGGCAGGGCGGUUUUUAUGAGCGCCUCAUCAAAUCCGUCAAACACGCUUUAUAUAAGUCACUACGAGGCACAAAUCACCGUUCCGGAGACCAUUUACGAACGAUCUUGACGGAAAUUGAAGCUUGUCUCAACUCAAGGCCGCUCACUUACCAAGGUGAUGGACAGGAAGACUUUUCUUCCAUUCGACCAAUCGACUUCCUCCAAAAGGAUUUGACACUAACCCUACCAACCACACACCUCACAGAUCCCAUGACAAACGAUCCCGACUACCAUACCCCAGACGAGAUUCGAGCCCUCCAAACUCGUCAAGAGGUCAUUGCUUCCUUACAAUCAUCAUGCGGUGCCACGGAACGAUUUUGGACUAUUUGGCAAAAACAUUACCUGACCUGCCUACGGGAAACGCACAGAAGGACAAUCUCAAGUAAACGACAGGGACGAGAGACUCCUACCAUAGGGGACGUGGUUUUAGUAAGCGAUCCAGUAAUUCCACGUAAUGAGUGGAAGCUAGCACGAAUUACCGAUACUCGAGCAGGACGGGAUGGGGAAAUUAGAGAAGUCGAGCUUCUCACGCCAGCGCGCAGAAAAAUACGACGACCUCCAAACCUUCUCAUCCCUCUGGAAAUACAGCCUGCUACAACUCCGUCCCACACCACACCAGGAGAUCACGCAGUAUCAGACGGGACAGACGAACAAAUACCCACUUCUCAUCCUUACAACCUGCGUCCGCGACGCGCAGUACAUUACGCUGAUGAGCAAGUGGUUACGACAACUCAAACUGCAACAGUCAGACGUUUCCCACCAAAAUGGUUCCUAUUCUACAUCAUGAUCAUCACAUUGUUCACAACUUCGUCUACUUUUGCCAACAGGGAUAUAAGCAUGACGUGUAGCAACGAAGGUGUGCUCGUUCAUACAUCUCGGAACGAUCCGUUUGAAAUCUGCGCGGACCACCAUUGUCAAAUGAUCACCCCAGUGACAAACCCCUUCCUUGUCAAAUUUCCACCAGAGGUAACACUUCAUGACUACCUAGUGUCACUUAAAUGGAAUACCGGAGAUCAACUGGCAACCAUGGAGACAAUGUGCCAUCGCCUCAAUUUCUGUCAACAACUCGAUUGUUGGAUAUGCUCAGCGGUCGUCUUCAACCCCGAGUGUUGGCCAAUGGGUGCAAUAGUCAUCACAGCACUCCUCUUAUACGUUAUAGUAGCCAUACUAUAUGUACUCCUGUAUGUUCCCAUGACUAUGGGAAAACCGAUCCGUAUCAUUCUCAUCGUGCUGAGAAGGAUCCUCCUAAUUUUGGCAUCUGCACUCAUAAAGCUCUGCAUGACACUAUGCCGCAGGAUGAGACGACGACGGCCACAAUCGCACAGAGACCGUUUGCUAGCAGUUUUGGCAAUAACUCUUGCCGUAUCCACAUAUGCGAUCCAUGCGUGCCAACAAGUAAAUGUACUUGAACAUCGCUCCACUGUAUGUAACAACUACGACGGACACGAAAGUUGCUCGAUUUACCUGAACGAGCUUCUCAAAAUCAACACUUUCCAUCGUGAAGCCUGUCUACGACUCACUCGAAACGUAACCUUGAUCGCAAACGUCAAACUUCGUUGGAAAGGCCUCUACCUACACUGUGAACAGGAGUCGAGGAUCUUCACACGAGCAGUGGAGCUGCAAAGGAUUGACAGCAAACGCUGCCCGCACAUGGGCUCGUGUCAAGGUCAAAAAUGCGCCGCGAUCCACCAUUCAAGUCUGAUACCGGAACUUGAGGAAGGAAAUAAAUAUCCAGGUCGCACAGGCUGCAUGGAAUCGUGCGGCGGCCCAGGAUGCGACUGUUUCUUCUUAAGUUCCGGUUGUCUGUUCUACCGCGUAUACGCGGUGCCGAAGAACAGCAAAGUCUACGAAAUAUUCCGCUGUACCCGAUGGACUGAACAAGUAAAAUUGGAGGUGACAAUUGAGGACCUCAGCUCCUCUGAAGGAAAAAGGCGAUAUGUCCUCGCUAUAACUCCGAACGUGCCCACGGAAGUACCGUCAAUGACAGUUACGAUGACGGCGGUAACUCUACCUCCUCUACCCAAUCUCUCCAAAGAGUUUGUCACAGAUGGACGAGAUGUCGCGAUCUGGAAUAAUCCUUUUACACCGGACCUUCUCUGUGCUUCUUGGCGCCAAGCUAGAGACAUGAACUGCACCCUCAAAGAUGAUUGCAGAUGUCACGCCGCGGAAAACAGUGUCAGCUGUGCAUGCCCUACAAAAGAUAUCCUGGCAUAUUUCAAGCAGCUCAACUUAGUUCUCCCAGUGAAAACAGCUUCCUGGGAGCUAUCACGACGACUCAAUGAGACAGUCACAGCAAAAAUUUCACAAAUGGUAUCAGCGGACUUUGUUGUUCAGUUCAAGACGGUCAUCGAGACUGCGAAUCUCCUUGUCACCAACAAUGUGUGCAACAUCGCCAACAGCGAACUGGAGGGAUGCUACCACUGUGCGAAGGGAGCUACAGCCAAGGUCACCUGUAGAUCAUCAACUAACACGCUCGGAGAAGUCCUGUGCGGUCGCCAUGCCUUUGUGGUACCAUGCGCUCCCACUUCACCUGAGUCAAAUCUCUAUUUCCACUUGGAUUCCGCACGCCAACUUCUCAAUUGCUCGAUCAGAUGUGGAGAAACCGUGCAUUACUUCGUUCUAUCGGGUAUUCUACGGUACACGAGCAAUUUUCAUGCUGCAAUGACUGACUUUAUUCAAGGGAACACUACCGCUUACCAUGGUUUCCAGCUCCCAGACUUUCACCACAUACUGAACGUCUUCAUGGACUGGUACAAAGUACUGUUUGUCAGCAUUCUAGCAGUGAUUUUUGCCUUAUUGGUGUCCUACUUGUGCCUACAAUCUCUGGGAAUACGCCUCAUGACGCUCCUUUUGCGCGGCGCACUUACCCUGCAAGUUAUGGAAUUCAACUCGGCUCCUCCAUCGCCAAACCCUACCCAUUCGGCAUCCACUUCAUGUCAGCUACGUAGCUUACAGCACGACUAUGGAGAGCUGCUACACGCUCUGCCGCAACUCCCCACCCCCCAACAGCUCGUAGACCAGAUUGCGCGAACCGUGGAAACGCUUCACAGGACGAUGCGCUCCACCCUUCACCUGGAUACUCAAAUAGAGGCCCUCCGAGCGGAUGAUAGUUCGUGGCAGACCAGAUACUGGAAACACAGCAUGGCAGCCGCUUCCGUGGAUAAGCUACGCCUCGAGUUGCUUCUGUCGCGAACGACACUCACAGCAGCUCGGAUUCCUUCAACAUUACUCCGGACUACUCCGAACGAUUGGCGAGAGCAUUGCGGAAGACCAGUUUCAAAAUCAGCAGAUCGAGGACGAGGACAACCGAUUCUUCGAAAACCUGAUAAUACGCAAGCUCGACAACAUCACGCACAUACUACGAGGAUCCCAACUGGAGCAUAG